CGUAGCGAGGGCUGCAGUCGCCGCCUCCCCAGUGCCGCCGUCGCGGCCUAGAGGUUAUAAAAGGGCUAACGGGCUCCCUCUGCUGCCCAGUCGCGCCGCUAGCGGUCUGAGGGGACGAUUGGGUGCCCCGGUCGGUGUGCAGGCGACAGGGGACUGAGGAACGCGCUGUCUUCUUGUCCCACUUCCCAGGUGUGUGAACUUAUGAAAAUGAUGUCUUCCAAGAUGAUCUGGCAUAUUUUAGUUGUAGGGAUUCUACUUCCCCAGUCUUUGGCCCAUCCAGGCUUUUUUACUUCAAUUGGUCAGAUGACUGACUUGAUCCAUACAGAGAAAAAUCUGGUGACUUCGCUGAAAGACUAUAUUAAGGCAGAAGAAGAAAAAUUAGAACAAAUAAAAAAAUGGGCAGAGAAGUUAGAUCGGCUAACCACCACAGCAACAAAAGAUCCAGAAGGAUUUGUUGGGCACCCUGUAAAUGCAUUCAAGUUAAUGAAACGUUUGAACACUGAGUGGAGUGAGUUGGAGAAUCUGGUCCUUAAGGAUAUGUCAGAUGGCUUUAUCUCUAACCUAACCAUUCAGAGACAGUACUUCCCUAAUGAUGAAGAUCAGGUUGGGGCAGCCAAAGCUCUGUUGCGUCUCCAGGACACCUACAAUUUGGAUACAGAUACCAUCUCAAAGGGUAAUCUUCCUGGAGUAGAACACAAAUCUUUUCUAACAGUUGAGGACUGUUUUGAAUUGGGUAAAGUGGCAUAUACAGAAGCAGAUUAUUACCAUACAGAACUGUGGAUGGAACAAGCACUACGGCAGCUGGAUGAAGGCGAGGUUUCUACCAUUGAUAAAGUCUCUGUUCUAGAUUAUUUGAGCUAUGCGGUGUAUCAGCAGGGAGACAUGGAUAAGGCACUUUUGCUCACGAAGAAGCUUCUUGAACUAGAUCCUGCACAUCAGAGAGCUAAUGGUAACUUAAAAUAUUUUGAAUAUAUAAUGGCUAAAGAAAAAGAUGCCAAUAAAUCUGCUUCAGAUGACCAAUCUGAUCAGAAAACCACACUAAAGAAAAAAGGGGUUGCUGUGGAUUACCUGCCGGAGAGACAGAAGUACGAAAUGCUGUGCCGUGGGGAGGGUAUCAAAAUGACUCCUCGGAGACAGAAAAAACUAUUUUGCCGCUACCAUGAUGGAAAUCGGAAUCCUAAAUUUAUUCUGGCUCCAGCCAAACAGGAAGAUGAAUGGGACAGGCCUCGUAUUAUUCGCUUCCAUGAUAUCAUUUCUGAUGCAGAAAUUGAAAUUGUCAAAGAUCUAGCAAAACCAAGGCUGAGGCGAGCCACCAUUUCAAAUCCAGUAACAGGAGACUUGGAGACGGUACAUUACAGAAUUAGCAAAAGCGCCUGGCUCUCUGGCUAUGAAAACCCUGUGGUGUCUCGAAUUAAUAUGAGAAUACAAGAUCUAACGGGACUGGAUGUUUCCACAGCAGAGGAAUUACAGGUAGCAAAUUAUGGAGUGGGAGGACAGUAUGAACCACAUUUUGAUUUUGCACGGAAAGACGAGCCAGAUGCUUUCAAAGAACUGGGGACAGGAAAUAGAAUUGCUACAUGGCUAUUCUACAUGAGUGAUGUGUCAGCAGGAGGAGCCACUGUUUUUCCUGAAGUAGGAGCUAGUGUUUGGCCCAAAAAGGGAACUGCUGUUUUCUGGUAUAAUCUGUUUGCCAGUGGAGAAGGAGAUUAUAGUACACGACAUGCAGCCUGUCCAGUACUAGUUGGAAACAAAUGGGUAUCCAAUAAAUGGCUGCAUGAACGUGGACAAGAAUUUCGAAGACCAUGCACCUUGUCAGAAUUGGAAUGACAAACAGGCUUCCCUUCCUCUCCUGUUGUACUCUGAUGUGUUUCACACACACAUUUCCCAGUCUUAACUUUCAAGAGUUUACAAUUGCGUAACACUCCAUGAUUGAUUCAGUCAUGAACCUCAUCCCAUGUUUUCUUCUGUGGACAGUCA